GUAUUGUCUGAGCUGGUUGUGUUGAUAAUUAUAAGGUUUUUGUUAGUGUUUAAAGUAAAUUAAUUUAAAAAUGUUUUUACCGGUUUUAACUGGUUUACAGCGUCAAGUGAUUAUUUCGUCGUGUAUUUACUUGGGACAAGUCGUUUGCGGAUACACCUUGUCCUGGACGGGACCAGUUAUACCAAAGCUGAGGAGUCUUGACCAGUCUCCGCUGCCAUAUCUGCUCAGCGAGACUCAACUGUCGCUAGUUGCUACCAUAGCUUAUUUGGGGGCUAUUCCAGGUCCAUACAUAACAGUAUGGUUGGCAAACACAAAGGGUCGGAAGCCUUGCUUCAUAUGCGGAGGAGUUCUAAUGGCAGCGGGAUACAUAUUAAUGGCAUCAGCAAACAGCUUGGCAGUGCUAUACAUUGGCAGAUUUGUGGCAGGAGUGGCAUGUGGAAUUAUCGGUGUUAUGAAUCUGGUUUACAUCGGCGAAAUUGCAUCAACAAAAAUCAGAGGAACACUUCUGACAGCUCUCGGAAUAUCUACGACGUUGGGUUUCAUACUGUUGUUUUGUUUUGGACCAUACGUUUCGUAUCAUCCGACGACGUAUCUACCAUUGGGUUUAAGUUUAAUUUACACAUUUUGUUUACUAUGGAUACCGGAGACACCAAUUUUUCACAUAUUAAAAGGUAACGACAAGGAAUUGCUCAGAAGUCUACAACUUCUCGAUAGAUUAGAAGAAAAAGACAAACUAUUGGAAAUGAAAAAGGAAAUGUCUGAAACCGAUUCAAAUCAAGAUUGGAUUGAAUUGUUUACUAUCAAAAGUAACAGAAAAGCAUUGUCAAUAGUGGUCGUUAUAAAUAUUUUGCAACACUGCAGUGGUGUUUUGGCUAUAGUAUUCUUUUCUGCGUCCAUUUUUAAGAUGGCCGGAUCAUCGAUAGAUUCUAAUAUAGCAAUGAUAAUAGUUGGAUGUUUCCAGUUGUUAGGAAGUACUUUAACACCAUUGUUUGUUGAAAGAAUUGGGAGAAGAAUUAUUUUAACUAUGUCAAGCGCUUUGUGCUCUUUGAGUAUGUUCGUUCUUGGUUUAUAUUUCUUUUUGGACCACAUUGGAAGUUCAGCCAUAGAUAACGUAAAGUGGUUACCAAUGCUGCUCCUUAUUUUGUUCUACGUUGGCUAUGAUUCAGGUCUCGGCAUAAUUCCCAACGCCAUAAUAGGGGAGAUGUUCACGAGCAAUGUCAGAAGCAAAGGCUCUACCGUGACCAUGACCACGUCGUGGCUGUUCGGGUUCGCCGUGACGACAGCUUUUGGUGCGCUGUUGGAGGCUGUUGGUGGUCACGUGGCCUUCUGGUUCUUCUCCGCCACGUGUGCGGGAGCAGCGCUGUUCACCAUAUUCUUCAUACCAGAGACUAAGGGGAAAACUUUGUUGGAAAUACAAAGAAGUUUGUCAUAGAAAACUAAACUAUUUUUAUUUAGUGAAAAGGAUGUGCAGUGCGAGGGGUAAAUUUUAUCAAGGUUAAUAAACUCACUCAUGAUUACCUCAGCUCAGCAGACUAAUUCACUAACUUUGACAUAUGUUAGUUGCCAUAUACGAAAUUGACAUUCUAUGUUACAAAUGUCAUUUGGUGCCUACUGGAAACCCUUCGUGGAUAUCAUUCAAUAGGAAUAAAUUUAUUAUGAAACAUGGCUAAUACUCACGUGAUACAACGUCGGAGUAUGCCCGACUAGUUUUAAACUCACACGGAGCCCUUAGUCAUGAGCUGGCUCUUGCAACGCGGACGAUCUGUAAUUUAUAACGCGGCGGCGCGCACGGCCGCUCGUAGCGCGCGUUGAGAGAGGUGUUGAGGUUCAUGACGUAUGGAAUCUAAACUAGUCGGGCAUACUCCGACGACCAAAUUAUUGAAUAGUCCAGCUGGUCUAUUUUCUUUAAAGAGCUGACAUUCAAUAUGCCAGCCCCCCUAGCCAAGUGGCACGUCGAUUCUCUUUCUACGAUCGCUAACGCUUCGAAAACUAGAAAGAUGUAUGGGAAUGACAUUUGCUAUCGGUUCGUGAUCAAGAUCUGUCAUUCCCAUACAUUUUUCUAGUUUUCGAAGCGUUGGCGAUCGUAGAAAGAGAAUCGACUUGCCAUCUGCCUAGGGCGGCAGGUUGUUAAACGUUUAGUUUAGGCUUAGCUAUUUCAUUGGAUGUCGACUUUUAAUGUAAAUUCUAGUUAUAAUUAAGUAAAUAAUCUAGCUGGAGGGAUGCGACAUAGGAAUAGCGUCAAAUGAAAUGAAAAAUAUGGAUUUAAAGCUAACAGUGAAUAACAAACCAA